GGUCCAAAAAUAGCUUAAGAGACUACAUACAGAGACAAAAUGGGGAUCUGGUUUUCUUUUGCUAAUGUGAUUUUGAUUGGUUUAGGCCUUUGUGCCCUUGUGGUAGCAGAUAAGGGAACUGCCACAUUUUAUACCCCUCCUUAUGUUCCUUCUUCAUGCGAUGGAUUCAAAAACGAAGGAACCAUGAUCGCGGCUGCUAGUGAUGAGAUAUGGGAUUCAAAAAGAGCAUGUGGCCGAGUUUACAAGGUUAAGUGCACUGGUGGCACUAACAACGGUGUUGAGCACCCUUGCAGGGGCUCAGGCUCGGUGACUGUCAAGAUCGUCGACUAUUGCCCCGCAGGUUGCCGUGGCACCAUCGAUCUCUCUCAAGAAGCCUUUGAAGCCAUUGCAGACCCUGAUGAAGGCAAGAUCACCAUAGACUACCACCAAGUUUGAAACUGAUGCGACUCUUGGUGGGAUUUGGAGGCUUGGACUCUGUUCUUGAUACCUAGCAAUAUGAAGAGGUGCAUUCUGGAUAUAUGCAA